AUUCAAAGUAGUCACUCAAUUAUAUAAAGUAGUAAGAUAUUAAGUAUUGUUUUUGUAUGGGUGUUUUUUCUCUAUUACAAAUUAAAAAAUUCUAAGUUCCCUAUACAAUUUUGGAUCAUCGAGUGAUCAUUUGAGUAGUGAAAAUUGAAAACCAAAGUGUAUCGUAUGAAAUCUCAAUGGUUGGCUGAAAAAACAAGUAAGAAAAAAGAGUAAAAGAACUACCGUUGACCCCAAGUCAAUGGAAAACGAUGUUGGAGGGGGAAACUGUACUCUCAAUGAAGCAUUUACUAUUAUAGUUCCAAGUGAAAUAGAGCUACCCCUUUGAAUGAAUGUUUUUCAUACCCAUCAAAAUACCAUAAAAAAGAAAAUGAUAUUGGUUCUAGUUGCUGGAGAAGUUUAUCUUAUGCAAUUAAGUACUUUUCUCUUGUUGUUGUUAUCAGUGUCGAUGGUUUUAUGUCCAUGUGAUGCAAGGAGCACCAUCAAUGGAACUAGUAAGUUAGUAGACAACGGGGAAACACUCAUAUCUGUUGGAGGAAAGUUUGCAAUGGGAUUCUUUUCUGACGAUGAAGGCUUAAACAGAUAUGUAGUCAACACAUAUGUCAUACUUAAGACGGGGAGCGAAAGUCCAAUCUGGAAAGGGUCUGUGCCUUUGGGUACUUCUGGAUCCUUUAAAUUCAAUGAGAUGCCCACUUAUGUCACCUACUUAUUAUCCAACUUUACCGAGAGUGACAUUGGCGAUCAUUCAGUGGAAGCAACAGUAACAUCAUUCAAUUAUACUAGUCCUAAAUAUACUCGAAUUGAUUUUUCAAGUAUUGUCGAUGCCAACCACAGUGUCAAAGAUUCUAUUUUUGAAAAUACUAGAAUCCUGAUGAACUCCUCCGGAGAAAUACAAUUCUACUUUUGGAAUAACGAGAGUGGAUGGUCCUUGAUAUGGUCUGCGCCAAAAGAUAUAUGUGAUGAGUAUAAAAGAUGCGGGAAGUUUGGCAUUUGUAACAGCAACCGUGUGCCAGUGUGCAAAUGUUUGUCUGGAUUUGAGCCUGAUACUCAAGAGAAUUAUGGCGGAGAAUUUUCAGGUGGUUGUUCGAGGAUGCCAGUUAGCUCUUGCAAAGAAGACAAUGUAGAACCACUUGACACGUUCUUGGAUCUGAAGUCAAUGAAAUUCGGGAGUCCAGACCUGAUAAAUGUAACGAUUGAAACACAUGAAGAAUGCAGCAGAUUUUGUCUAGGCAACUGCACAUGUCAGGCAUAUACUUAUCAUAAUUCUGGAUGCUGGAUUUGGUUUUCGAAUCUCUAUAAUCUCCAGGAGAAUUACACCGGUGGCUUCGACCUUGCUAUCCGCAUUGGCAUGCCCCAUAUUGAAGUUGCAAAACCAGGACCAUUGAACACUACGAAAGCAUCCUCGCGGAAUCAGAGAGCCCUUGUAAUUUCCAUCUCUCUAAUUCUUGGAGUUGUAAUUUUGUGCGGCAUUAGCUAUAUAAUUUAUCAGACCAGAAGAACGGCAAAGAGUAAAGAAACCAGAGAAAUUAUUUUGGGAAAGCCUAUGGAAUACUUGCCUCAUAGAGAUAGUUCUGAUGAAGUUUUAAUCACUGAACUUGAGAAGAAACGAAUCGAUGUCCCGUUUUUCAGCUUGAAUAGCAUACUAGUUGCUACAGAAAACUUUUCGAAUGCAAGUAAGCUCGGACGAGGUGGAUUUGGACCUGUUUAUAAGGGUAAGUUUCUUGGAGGGACAGAAAUGGCAGUUAAGAGGUUGUCAAGUAAUUCUGGACAAGGUGUUGAGGAAUUUAAAACUGAAGUAAUGUUAAUUGCCAAACUGCAGCACAGAAAUUUAGUUAGGCUUCUAGGUUAUUGUAUUGAGGGAAAUGAAAAGAUUUUGUUGUAUGAAUAUAUGCCCAACAAAAGCUUGGAUACGUUUCUAUUCGAUCAUGCAUUUUGUCGAUUAUUGGACUGGAGGAUUCGUUUUGAAAUUAUAUUGGGUGUUGCUCGAGGGCUACUUUAUCUUCACCAAGACUCAAGGCUAAGGAUCAUUCAUAGAGAUCUAAAGACAAGCAACAUAUUGUUAGAUGAUGAAAUGAAUGCCAAAAUAUCAGAUUUUGGCUUGGCAAGGAUUAUUGAAGGCAAAAGUACAGAAGCUAAUACUAACAAAGUUGUUGGAACUUACGGCUAUAUGUCACCGGAGUAUGCAUUGGAGGGACUAUUUUCAAUCAAGUCUGAUGUAUUUGCCUUCGGAGUGGUCUUACUCGAGAUCAUUAGUGGGAAGAGAAACAUGGAAUUAUUUGAAGAUGUAAACCUCAUUGGUUAUGUAUGGAGACUCUGGAUGAAAGACAGGGCAAUAGACAUGAUGGAUCAAACCAUAUUUGAGUCGUGCGAUGUAAAUGAAGUGAUAAAGUGCGUGAAUGUGGCACUCCUUUGCGUUCAAGAAGAUCCAGCUGAGCGUCCUGUAAUGUCAAAUGUGGUUUUUAUGCUUGGAGGUGAAAGCAUGACACUACCAAGACCAAAUCAACCAGCUUUUAUCACACGAAGAAAUAGUGCUGGUGCAAGUACAUCUUCUUCCUCUUCUAAGCUGUACAGUACUUCCAACAAUGCGUUGACAAUAACUCAAGAAGAAGGCCGAACAAUGCAGUUGAAUAGUUUUCUGUUAUUGUUGUUUACAGUGUUGGUGAUUCUAUGUCCAUGUGAUGCAAGGAGCACCAUUGAUGGAAGAAGUAAGUUAGUAGACAACGGGGAAACACUCGUAUCUGCUGGAGGAAAGUUCGAAAUGGGAUUCUUUUCUGAUGAUGCAGAGUUAAACAAAUAUGUAGGCAUGUGGUAUUACAAUAUGACUCCAAGAACUGUUGUAUGGGUUGCUAAUUGGAAUAAACCAAUUCCUGGUUCAAGCAUAGGGAAUGAGGAUAUUUCCGUCGUUGUUGAAGAUGGUAACCUCAAAGUGUGGAAUUCAAUUAGCGAAGACACUUAUUUCACCACAGAACUACAAGCUGUUGCGUCUUCUAACAGGACAGUAGAGCUGUUGGAUUCAGGGAACUUGGUUUUAGUCGAUGAAUCAGGAGGUAAAAUGUGGCAGAGUUUUCUGAAUCCAACUGAUACUUUCCUUCCUGGCAUGAAAAUGGAUAGUAGUUUGAAGUUGAUUCCCUCAAGAAGUGGAGACUACACAUUCCAAUUAGAUCAAUCAAGUGACAAGAAAUAUGUUAUAAUUCCCAAGAAGGGCGGAAUUCGUUGGAAAGGGUCUGCCAAUAUGGCUACUUCUCACAACUUCAGUCUCAGUGAGAUGCCUGGUUAUGUCGCCUACAUGUUAUCCAACUUCACCGAUAAUAACAUUGUCAAUAAUUCAUUGGAAUCGACAGGAAAAUAUAGUAUUAAGUUUUCAAGUUCUAGAAUCCUAAUGAACUCCUCCGGGGAAAUACAAUUCUACAGUUGGGAUGAGGAGAUUAGUGGAUGGUCUAUGAUGUGGUCAGCGCCAGAAGAUACGUGUGAUGUGUACAAGUAUUGUGGGGAAUUUCGCAUUUGUAACAGCAAUGGCCCAGUAUGCAAAUGUCUGCCCGGGUUUAAGCCCAAUUCUCCAGAAAAUUUAAGAGCAGGAAAAUUUUCAGGUGGUUGUUCAAGGAUGUCAACUAACUCUUGCCAAGAAGACACGUUCUUGGAUCUGAGGUCAAUGAAAUUCAGUAGGCCAGACCGGUUUAUAACGGUUGAUACCAGUGAGGACUGCAGGAGAUUUUGUCUUCGUGACUGCUCGUGCCAGGCCUAUACUUACGAUAGUUUUGGAUGUGGGAUUUGGUUCUCUAGUCUCAAGAAUAUUCAGGAGAACUACAAAGGUGGCUUGAACCUCUCUAUCCGUGUCAGCAUUUCCGAUAUUGAAGCAACAAGGAGAAAUUGCAAGCCCUGUGGCACAAAUUUAAUACCCUAUCCAUUAAGCAGUGGACCAAAUUGCGGAGACCCUUUGUAUUAUAGUUUCUCAUGUGAUAAUAUAGCUGGUCAGGUAAGCUUCCACACAUCAGAUGGCAACUAUACCGUCAUUAACUUUGAUAAUAGUAACAAAACAUUUGUUAUAGAAUCUGUUGGUAAUUGUGAUGACAAAGGGCCAGUGAAAGGAAUUUCUUGGUUCAACCGCUCAUCACCUUUUAAGGUGAUAAACUGGUGUUACAAUCCCAAAAAGAAUCUUACUUCGGAACCUUUAAGCCGAGGGAAAGAUUUAAUAUUGAUCAGUUGGCAACCACCAUUGGAGCCAGUUUGCACUACUUCAGAAGAUUGCAAUGAUUGGCCAAAUUCUACUUGCAAUAUAACAAAACAAGGAGAACGAAGAUGUAUAUGCCCACCCGAUUACAGAUGGAACGGUUUGAACUUAAAUUGUUCCUUGAGCUCAGAGCUUGGAACACAAGGACAAUUUAUCGUGAAGCAGGCAUCCUCGUGGCAUCAGAGAGCUCUUGUUAUUUCUAUUUCUAUAGUUUUUGGCGUUAUAAUUUUGUGCUGCACUAGUUACAUAAUUUACCAGAACAAAAGAGUAGCAAAAAGAAGAGCCAGAGAUGUUGUUUUGGGGAAUCCUGUGGAGCACUUUCCUCGUAGAGAAAGUUUCCGUGAAGAUUUGAUCACUGCAGAUGAUAAGAAACAUAUUGAUGUCCCAUUUUUCAGAUUGAAUAGCAUACUAGUUGCUACAGAUGACUUCUCAAAUGCAGCUAAGCUCGGGCAAGGUGGAUUUGGACCUGUUUAUAAGGGAAAGUUUCUCAAAGGUGCAGACUUGGCAGUGAAAAGGUUGUCAAAUCAUUCUGGACAAGGCGUUGAAGAAUUUAAAACUGAAGUAAUGUUGAUUGCCAAACUGCAGCACAGAAAUUUAGUCAGGCUUCUAGGGUAUUGUGUUGAGGCAAAUGAAAAGAUCUUACUAUAUGAAUAUAUGGCCAACAAAAGCUUGGAUAAAUUUAUCUUCGAUCAUACAUUCUGCCGAUUAUUGGAUUGGAAGAUUCGUUUUCAAAUUAUAUUGGAUAUUGCUCGAGGGCUACUUUAUCUUCACCAAGACUCAAGGCUAAGGAUUAUUCAUAGAGAUCUUAAGACAAGCAACAUAUUGUUAGAUGAUGAAAUGAAUGCCAAGAUUUCAGAUUUUGGCUUGGCAAGGAUUAUUGAAGGCAAAAGCACAGAAGCUAAUACAAACAGAGUUGUUGGAACUUAUGGCUAUAUGUCACCGGAGUAUGCAUUGGAGGGGCUAUUUUCAAUCAAGUCCGAUGUAUUUGCCUUCGGAGUGGUAGUACUCGAAAUCAUAAGUGGGAAGAGAAACAUGGAAUUUUUCGAAGAUGUAAACCUCACUGGUUAUGCGUGGAGAUUGUGGAUGAAAGACAGGGCAUUAGACGUGAUGGAUCAAACUAUUUUUGAUUCGUUUGAGGACAAGGAAGUGAUAAAAUGCGUAAAUGUGGCACUUCUAUGUGUGCAAGAAGAUCCAGGUGAUCGUCCUACAAUGUCAAAUGUAGUCCUUAUGCUUGGAGGUGAAAGCAUGACUCUUCCAAGACCAAAUCAACCACAUUUUAUAUCAAGAAGAAAUGCGUCAAGUACAUCUUCUUCCUGUUAUAAGCUCUACAGUACUUUCAACAAAGAGUUGACGAUACCUCAUGAAGAAGAAGACCAAUACAUAGAGUGAAUGCACAAGAAUAACUCAACAACAUUUUAAAAUCGUCUAUAUCUUUCCUUUAACUCAAAGGUGCAUAGGAUAACCGAUUGUAUCUUCCCACAAGUGAUAACAUGUCACAAGAAUUCAAAGUUAUAUUCAUUGACCGUCCAAUAUUUUUUCUAUAUUUGCUGAUGUAGGAUUCACUUAGAGCAAUAUAUAUCAUCUUUUCGGGUC